GCGCGUUCAUGGUGCGCGCCACUGUUCCAGCUGGAGCGCUUCAGAAGCUUCAUUAGAGGAGGUCUGCAAACUUCCUCGGAGUGAAGGUGGUUCAGCUCACAGAGAAAGAAGUUUGGAUCUCGCCUCCGACUGAUCUGGAUCGACAUUGUGACAACGACUGGUUCUGUUGUGGAGGCUGCGGACCGCAAAGUGGUUUUUGACCGUUCGUUUUUGAGCGUUUUUUUUUUUUUUUUAAUCUUCGACAAAAUUCCAGCGUAUGAAAACGGACCAGUUGCUCUGAAACAGCAUGAAAGAAAAGAUCUCAUCACGAUGGAGUACACCGAUUAAAUAUUGAUUAAAGGGACUUACGUUUCUUUCUAUCAAAAGCAACACGGGAAAGUAACAAGUUUGGCAAGGAAGCGAGAAGAUGACACCCAAUCCUUUAUUCCUGUUCCUCAUUCUGUCUCUUACAAACAGCGGAGCAGAGAAUGCAGAGGAGCGGCUGGUGAACUACCUGCUGGGACCAGAGCGCUACAACAAGCUGAUCAGACCUGCGGUGAAUAAGAGCCAACAGGUCACCAUCUCCAUACAGGUCUCCCUGUCGCAGCUCAUCAGCGUGAAUGAGCGGGAGCAGAUAAUGACCACCAAUGUGUGGCUGUUUCAGGAAUGGAACGACUACAGACUGAGAUGGGACCCAGACAAAUAUGAAGGCAUCAAAAAACUGCGCAUACCAUCCAAACUGAUCUGGCUUCCUGACAUAGUACUCUAUAAUAAUGCUGAUGGAGUGUAUGAAGUUUCCUUCUACUGCAACGCUGUGGUCUCCAACACGGGCGACAUCUUCUGGCUCCCCCCAGCUAUCUACAAGUCUGCCUGCUCCAUUGAGGUGCAGAACUUUCCUUUUGACCAACAGAACUGCACCCUCAAGUUUCGCUCCUGGACAUACGACCACACAGAGGUGGACCUCAUCCUUACUAGCGACUUCGCCAGCCGGGACGACUUUACCCCAAGCGGGGAGUGGGACAUCGUUUCUCUCCCAGCACGCAAAAAUGAGGACCCCAAUGACAUCACUUACCUUGACAUCACUUAUGAUUUUGUCAUCAAGAGGAAGCCACUGUUUUAUACCAUUAAUCUAAUCAUCCCAUGCGUCCUGAUUACUUCGUUGGCCAUCCUCGUGUUCUAUUUGCCUUCGGACUGCAGGGAGAAAAUGACGCUGUGUAUCUCAGUGCUACUGGCACUCACCGUGUUCCUGCUGCUAAUUUCAAAGAUAGUGCCACCCACCUCUCUGGCAGUACCACUUAUAGGUAAAUACUUGAUGUUCACCAUGGUGCUGGUUACAUUCUCCACUGUCAGCACAGCCUGUGUUCUCAAUGUGCACCACCGCUCCCCGUCUACUCACUACAUGCCAGACUGGGUCAAACACAUCUUUUUGGUUCGCCUUGCAACCUUCCUCCUCAUGAAACGCCCAGGCUCUUCCAAUAAACUCAACCGGAAGCUCACCAGCAGGAACCCCAGCAGAAAAAGCAAUUUCCACAGCAGCACGGGCAGGAGGCAGCACUCCGAUGCCAGACUUGGUGGAAUCCCAGCAGACUGCAACUCUUUCUAUGUUAACGAGGAGUCGGCAUACAACUGUUGCUGGAAAGUGGGCAACACUCGGGAUUCUCCAGAGUUUGGGAGGCCUACGGCAGUGCAGUUGGAUGCAGAGCUGGAAGAAGCAGUGGAUGGAGUGAAAUACAUCGCCGAACACAUGAAGAUGGAAGACGGCAAUGAAGGGAUCAUUGAGGACUGGAAGUAUGUGGCCAUGGUCAUAGAUCGCCUCUUUCUCUGGAUUUUCAUCCUGGUUUGUGUGGUGGGAACUCUGGGACUCUUCAUGCAGCCACUCUUCCAGAGCUACAACACACCCAUACUUGAUGACACAGAACAUGGAGAUUUCUAGGAUUUCUGUGACACCGAAGAGAAACCAAACAGUUGAACAAGCAUCUUUUCCUCUAAAGUUUGGGAAGCUGAACAUUUGUCCAGCAGUGGUCAGUUGCUGCUGGUCGAAUCGGGUCUACAUCCAGCCUAAUCUGGGGAGCCAGCUACACUUGUUGAAUUUGCAACAUUGGACUUUAAAUGAGGACCAAUUUACGGAAUGGGUUGAGUCUCCUCUAUAUCUAAGUGGUAUGACAGAUUUUCUACUCUUUUUUUGUCAAAAAGGAUGAAGAUACCAGAUAUACUGAAAAACAACUACAUACGGACAUAUUUUGAUAUUUUGGAACCACUGUAAAACUUUGGACUGGGUUCAAGGCUUAACUGACUCAGCGCAACAAUGACACACUGAUGUACUCAAGCUGUGACUCUUACAAGGUCAUCUCUCCUCUGCUACAUUGUUAAUAUAAAAACUGUAGGGACAGCUACAUGGGUUGGACAAUGAAACUGAAACACCUGUCAUUUUAGUGUGGGAGGUUUCAUGGCUAAACUGGACCAGCCUGGUAGCCAGUCUUCAUUGAUUGCACAU